UACGGAAGGUCAACACUUGAUACCAAUAUAAAGUAGGUACCAAGCGACUGUAAAUUAAUUUUGCAUACAUUAAGAUGAAUAACUUGAAUAAUUUAGACACCGAAGUAGAAGUUACUACUUUAGAUUUAAGUGGAAAUGAGGAAAUAGAAAUAAACGACGGACCUGUAAAUCUGCAAAACGAAGACAACGAAGUACAAUUAAAAAAUACAGAUUAUGAACAUGAUGCAGUAUCCGCUUUGAAGAUGGAUCCGGCGAUCAUAGAGGCGCGUGUUGUUAACAACGACUGUAACAAUGCUGAUCCUUUACCUGAACAGAAUGAAGAACAAGAGGCUACGGCGGGAGGCAGGGACGAGAGGUUAGGCUUCGCGGAGUGUCUGGCGUCGCUGCAGCAAAGCGCGCGACUGCGCAUCACGCCGCAGCAGUGCGCCUUGCUCAUCCUCUACGCCAACCAUCUCAAGCGGCAGCCGCCCCGCAACUCGCCCGGCGAAUGUGUAUUUUGCAAGAACAACGGUGAAUCAACGGCGUGGUACAGAAGUCACAUGAUCAAGGACAGAAAGGGCCGCGUGGUGUGUCCCAUACUGCGCGCGUUUCGGUGCCCCAUCUGUGGGGCGAGCGGUAGCCGAGCACACACGCCUAAGCACUGCCCUGUCAACAAGUACGGAUACAGUGCCUAACUUUAUGACGACUGAGA